CCCUUGCAUUCACUUCUGUUCCGAUCCCCGCCCCCUCCACCUCCUCCCCCAGAUGGCAAGCAGUCCUUUACAUGUUGAAUAGGUUACAGUAUAUCCUAGAUACAAUAUAUGUGUGCAGAACCGAACAGUUUUCUUGUUGCACAGGGAGAAUUGAAUUCAGAAGGUAUAAAUAAUCCGGGAAGAAAAACAAAAAUGCAAGCAGUUUAUAUUCACUGAAAUAGUUUUAAAAAGAAAUUUAGUGGGUCUUUUGGUAGGGACAGAAUUGGAAAGAAAAUAUAGCUCUCUCUGCAAGGCUUUGUGAGGUUACAAUAUAAAUGUUCGGACAAGUCUAUAAGAACAUUUGCGUGAUUAAUGUAGGGAAUAGGUAGUUUCCAAAAGAAGAAAAGCCAAGUUGUUGUGUAGGGAAGGGAGAGGGUUUGGAGAGAGGUAUAUUAAUGUAUUUAAUAAUGAUAGUAUUGGUCUGACUCAAAUGACAGCAAAGAUACAGCACAAGUAUUCUCUCUGGGAAAGAUUAAUUAAAAUUUGUGGUUUAAUGUCCUGGUCUACAUUCUGCUGGUGCUACUUAUUGGCUUUUUUCUAAGAUAUGUUUAGACUUGGUGAAUGAUGGAAUUAUAAAUUAUGUGUAUAGACUGUACCUGUCAGCUAGGGAUUGAGAAUUUCUGUGGGGUUUGGGCUAAGGAGAACAAUCAGAAUCCCAUCAGAUAGUUUGAAGUUUAUAUCAUAGCAGAGCAGUAACUAAGGCACACAAAUCUAUUAGACUAUAAAUCCACUUGAGUAUAUUUAAAGAAAACAAGUAUUCUGAGAGUAGUCCACUCAGCGAUGUAUAAAGACAUUAUUUAAAAGAGCUUAAGUCAUUUUAUAGAAAUUAAUUUAUAUUUAGUGGAAAGUACUCAUAUAUCGCCUUGCCUAUUUUUCAGGAAUACCCUGUGGAUGUAUCUAAUAUGCUGUCACUUGAAAAAAAAAUAGCCAUGAAAUAAAAAAGAUAUUAUUUUCAAAGGAAGAAAAAGACAGGCCUCAAUUUUCUUCAUAAAUUCCUUUUUUUCUUUCUGAACUUCCACUGCUCCAAAAGUUUCAAUAAAAUGCAAAUAAAAUCAAGUAUUCAUUUUAAAGGAAGGCUAAUACAACAACGGAACUUAACAAGGAGGAUGAACAGAUUGAAGGGCACUUUUAAUAAUACUAUGUUAGGGAAACACUUCUAAAAAUCUAGGGCCAAGUUCACAAGGUACCAAUUCAGUAAAUCACCCUUUUCCCCUCAUCCCUUUGGUCAGAGAUAUCCCUUUUAGUAAAGGGUCUAAUCUUUUUAACAAAGCGGCUCAAAGCAUUGUAAUAUUAUUAAAAAGAAAGGUGAACGACAAAUGCAGUCACGUUUGGUCAGAAGUCUGUACAGCUGAGGCCAGCAGUUCGGUCUGACGCCGCACUCUCAACAGUUUUUCCGGCACGAUAGACUUCCGCUGCCCAACUCGCUUUCUAGCCCAGGAACCAGCCUAAAAGCUCACACAUUCCCAGCGCCAGGGGAGGGGCAGAGAGAAUAGGGAAAUACGAAGAGAACAGUGGAGCAUGCGUCGAAGAAUUGUUACACGCAUGCUCAGAAACUAGAGCAGCUUCCUGGAGCAGUUAACGGCGGCGUAGCUCACACCUUCACUCUUCUGCGCAGUGACAGCUGAGCUUCCCCUUCCGGCAGCUGCUGCGGAGGCGACUGUGGCUUUUUUUCUUCGCUUAUCUACCGACUAUCAUUUUUUCUUCUUUACGCGGUCGCCUCCGCUAGUCUGCAGUACUGACCAUGGGACCUGGAAGCGCUUGGCAUCUCCUGCUCCUCUGUGCGGCAGUUGUUGUACUUGGUCAGACUUUGGAUACAGAUGUUGUAGAAGAGUUAGAUGAAUCAUUUAAAGACAAUCGGAAAAAUAGCAUUUGGCUUGUAGAUUUCUAUGCGCCAUGGUGUGCACACUGCAGAAGAUUGGAACCAGUUUGGAAUGAAGUUGGUUUAGAGAUGAAAAGACUUCGGUCUCCAGUUAAAGUUGGAAAAAUGGAUGCUACUUCCUAUACUAGCAUUGCUUCAGAAUUUGGAGUUAGAGGAUAUCCAACGAUUAAGCUAUUAAAAAAUGACCUGGCAUAUAACUACCGAGGGCCUAGAACUAGAGAUGAUAUCAUUGAGUUUGCUCAUAGAGUAUCUGGGGCACUAAUCCGUCCACUUCCAAGUCAACAGAUGUUUGAACAUGUAAAGAAGAGGCAUCGUGUACUGUUUCUUUAUGUUGGAGGAGAGUCACCUUUAAAGGAGAAAUACAUAGAAGUAGCUUCAGAAUUAAUUGUUUAUACCUACUUCUUUUCGGCCUCAGAAGAAGUUAUACCUGAGUAUGUAACCUUGAAUGAGAUGCCUGCUGUGCUUGUUUUUAAAGAUGAAACUUACUUUGUAUAUGAUGAAUAUGAAGAUGGCGAUCUUAAAUCAUGGGUCAAUAGAGAGAGAUUUCAGAAUUAUCUUACUGUGGAUGGCUUCACCCUCUAUGAACUUACAGACACAGGAAAACUUAUUGUCAUAGCAGUUAUUGAUGGGAAAAAUGCAACAAUUGAGCAUACCAGAUUAAAGGAAGUUAUUCAGGAAAUAGCUAAAGAUUAUAGAGAUCGUUUUCGCAGGAGAGAUUUUCAAUUUGGACACAUAGAUGGAAGUGACUAUGUAAACAACCUGCUUAUGGAUGAAUUGAAUAUUCCAACUGUAGUUGCAAUAAAUACUUCAAACCAUCAAUAUUUUCUGCCAACUGGACAUAUUGAGAGUACUGAGGAUGUGAUGCAAUUCAUCAGUGAUAUUUUGGAUGGCACAAUAGAAGCUCGAGGUGGUGAUGGAAUUUUGCAGAGAUUGAAAAGAAUAUGUUACGAUGUCAGGACUACUGUUGUGUCUGUAUUUAGAAGCUCACCAUUUUUGGGUUGUUUUCUCUUUGGCCUGCCACUGGGUGUCAUCAGCAUCAUGUGUUAUGGAAUCUACACUGCUGACACAGAUGGAGCUUAUACAGAAGAACGAAUUGAAGUUUCUAAAAGGGAAACUGAAAAUAGAGAUAUAAGAGAUGAAAGCAAUGAGGAGGAAAAAAAGGAAGAAAACAGUGAGAAUUCUCUAGUACUUUCAGAUGCAGAGCAAGAACCCAAAGAUAUAUUGGAAAAGAAAAAUGACUGAAUCUUCUACGAUUUAGGUUAUUUGAUAGGAUUUCUAAUUAAAAACAAAAACAAAACAACAACCUUAUUUAUUGAAUUUAGCCAUUUAAUCAUGAUCUUUGCUGAGGAAAACAUCUGAUGUAUUUUGCUUAUAUAGAUUCCAUGAACUAAAAAAUCUUCCCAUAUUUUUUGGGAAAAGGUGGGUUAUAUGGAUAAAAAAAGUUCCUUUUUUUUUUUUUUUUUUUUUUAGAAGUUUUCAGAGUUUACUAUUGAUAAACAGCAUAAUAAGAAAUUAAAUCAAUUUGUAUAUUCCUUUAUCUGUAUAUUAUCUAACAAAGUUGAGGUUCUGGGGCAGAAUAUUUCCAUCUGUCAAUAAGAUAGAAGAUCUGUUUUCACUUAGAACAAUAAUAACACUCCCAAUUACAUUUCUGAAAAAAAUUAAAAGUAGGUGUUUAUCCUGGCCAUUUCAAAGACAGGCACUUUGAAUGCGUUAAUGUAAUGAUUUCUCUGACAUAUAACAAUUCAUGUUAUUCAGAUUUUGGUAGAUAAAAAGAAUUUUACUUUAUGUAGCAUAGUAGUUUUAUUUCAGUGAUUGAAAGGAGAAUAAAUUUUUCUCUUUUGCAUUCUCAUGAAACCUAUGUGUAGAUCACCCCAAAUCCCAAAUCAGCAAUGGUAUGCUUGUUUCUAUGUCUUAAGUGAAAUUAUUUGAAGAAAUAUUUUUUUAAACCAGUUGAAAUUGUUAGAUUUGUAGUUAUUCCACAGAAAUAUACACUUUUAUUGCAUAGGCUUCAUUUAGGUAACGUUGCUUUUAAAAGUUGUUGGCAUAAACUUAAGACAAGUUAUGUAACAUGUUAUAAAACAAAAACUCUUGUAAAAGGAUCUACAUUAAGGUCAUCUUCUACACAUCUCUCCAUUCAUUGACCCUAUCCUUUUAUUUUGUAUACUUAUUUAAAUAUUGUGCUAAAUCAAUACAGAGUAAUACCUACAAAUUUUAUUUUUUCAUGCCAUUGUAUUUAUUUUAGUUUGAGUUUACAUUUGAUCAUUGUAGCUACCAUUUGAGCAGUAAGCUAUUUAUGAUUUGUGUAUUUAAUUGUCACAAAAUCAAGUUAUCUCAUAUAAAGUAUUUUUCUUAAAUACUCAGUUAUAAAAGUGAUUUCUGAUUCAAGCCCAGGAUACUGAAAAUGUCAGUUAUCUUAUUUUCUGUUCCCAAGAAGCGAACCUUUGAUUACUACUAAUGUCAUAAGGAUCACCAUAGAAACUAAACAAACUUGAUUUUACAAGUACUGUGAUGAUAUUAAUAUGAAUUUCAUUGUGAUCCCUUAGGCUUAUAUUUUUUAAUGACUCUUAUUGCAGCUCUCAUUCUUUAAAUAUAUGCCAGCCUCAUUACUCUUUUAAUAAAACAAAUAUGCUGUAGCACUAAAUUAAUAUUCCCAAAUGAAACUUUAACUAAUUUUUUUUUUUUACAUAGUAUACUAUCUAUAAUUUAUUAACAGAUUCCAUCCCCAGUAGAUUUAUUCAUUCUCUUUUUUGGAUGUGAAUGUUAACUUUCAUAUUAUAUAAUAGUUGAAUUUAUGUGGUCACAGUGCAAUUUAAAAAAAUUACCAAUGCCUCCAUUGAGAGUCAAUGUAAGGUAUGAAUGCUAAAAAUCAUGGAUAUUAGGAAAUUAUAAUCAUGUUUGAUCAUGUAUCUUUCUCAGAUUUAGUCAGCAUGAUUUUGGACCUUGAAAAUUAAGUAAUCCAUCUAUAAUCUCAACCUAAAAUGAGUGACCUCAGGAAAAAUUACAGCUUAUUUUGUAUAUAGAGAAUAGCGUAAGUGUUCUUAAUAGAUAUUCUGAAGAUUCAUGUUUGUGAUUUAGUGAUUUGAUUUUAUGUCACUUCUUUCCCCCAAUUGUUUGUCCUGCUUUCCAUUUUCAUUUUAAAAUUUGUGCAUCAGAGAGACUUUCACCUUAGUGAUUUUAGGGAUAGAAGAUGACUCCAUUAUCUUUUUAAAAAAUUGUCUUGAGACAUCAGAGUAGCAAUUUUUUAAAAAUUUAUUUUAUCUGCCAACUGAUUUAAUAUAAUUCUGGUUUAUUUAUUACUAUACUUUUCCUCCAUAGUCUCUUUGCCCUGGAAAAUUUUUAGCAAAAUUAUUAUGUGGUCUGAAAAAAUAUUAAAAAAUCAUACUCAUUGUUUAUUUUUUAGAAGAACUAGUUACCAAUGGUUCCUGGGUUUAUAUCAUGUUUAAAAUGAAAUAACUACAAUAUGAAAAAUUAUGUGGUAAUUUUGAUUUCUGCUUUUAUUUUAAUUUAGGGUUUUGAUGGAUUUGUUUUGUUUUGUUUUUACUCAAGCAUAAUUUUGAGUAAUUCCAUAUGGAAUUCAGAAAGAUUGCAAAUGCCUGCUGCUAGUUACUGGUGCCUAGAUAAUGUUUAAAACGAGAGGUUUUUCAACAUUUUCAAAGAGAAAUUGGGUUAAUGCUUUUCUCAACCUGUCUAUAUGUCUCUCCCCAAAUUCUCUUUCUUUUUCACAUUAUUUCUUACUGUAACUAAGAUAGCCUAAAACUUUAUAAGGGAGUUUUCUGAAGAGAGUUUUUGUCUCACAGGUUCUGUAUUCUCUCUAACAGACAGUGCUUGCUGGCCCCUGCUGUGGAAAUAAUAUACCAAAUAUCUGGUAGGCUGUCCAGCCUAAGUUUGCAGAAAGGCACAUGUCUAACUCAGGUACAGAUGAGUUGUUCAAAUAACCAGCUAUGCUGUUUUUUGUUUUUUUUUUUUUAAUAGCAAUUUAAAUGCAGUCACAUUCUUACCAGUAGUUCAUCCCAAAAAUACAUUUCUCCUGGGAUGAAGAGCAAAAAAUCACAUACCUAUUCUUAAUAUCUUGAUACUGUUAUAAUAAAUUAGUUUGCAAAAUGACAGGUUUGUGACUUAAUUUGUGAGAUUCGUUUUGGUUUAUUUUUAUAUAUAUAUUUUUUUUUCCUGAAAGAAAUUAGAUGUUUGAGUCCAAGAGAAGGCAAAAAAUACUUUUCUAUUACUUUACCUUGGACUAAUUCUGUAAGGGUUUCUGAAAAUCUAACAUACUGAAUUUACGAUAUGCUGCCUUAUGGUACUGCGUGUAAACUUUGUUUUUAUACAAUAAAUCAAUUUAAAAAAUUA